UCCCUUUGUUCCUACGCUUGGCCUAGGUCCAAAUCUACUAAUCUUGAAAACAAGUAUGCUGAAUAUGGUUGUAGGUUUAGACCUUUGCCAUGAAGAGUCAAACAGUAUGGCUUCCCAGAGCUGAAAAACACUUCAUGUAACAACUCUAGCAAUGUUCUGGAAUUAUAUCAAAGAGCUGUAUCUUUGUAAUAUACAAAAUGUUGACAGCAGAGAACUUUUAAUAAUGUAACCAUCAUGUGAAGAAGGGGACCUUUUGGAUCUGCUUGAUCCAAAAAAAAGUUGCAGGUUUUUCUGCAGGACUCUACGAACUUAGUCUUUUGAUAACCUUAAGCGAAGAUAACUAGCAAAAUGCCUCCAAGACCAUCAUCUGGUGAACUGUGGGGCAUCCACUUGAUGCCCCCUAGAAUCCUAGUGGAAUGUCUUCUACCUAAUGGUAUGAUAGUGACUUUAGAAUGCCUCCGUGAGGCCACUCUGUUAAAUAUUAAACACGAACUCUUUAAAGAAGCUAGAAAAUACCCUCUCUACCAGCUACUUCAAGACGAGUCAUCUUACAUUUUUGUAAGUGUUACCCAAGAAGCGGAAAGAGAAGAAUUUUUUGAUGAAACGCGGAGAUUAUGUGACCUGCGGCUCUUUCAGCCUUUUCUAAAAGUCAUAGAGCCAGUAGGCAACAGAGAAGAGAAAAUCCUGAAUCGUGAAAUUGGUUUUGCUAUUGGCAUGCCUGUAUGUGAAUUCGACUUGGUUAAAGAUCCAGAAGUUCAGGACUUCAGAAGAAACAUUCUGAAUGUUUGUAAAGAAGCAGUAGAACUUCGAGACGUUAACGCACCCCACAGUAGAGCCCUAUAUGUCUGUCCCCCCAACAUAGAAUCAUCGCCUGAGUUGCCCAAGCACAUAUACAAUAAACUAGAUAAAGGGCAAAUAAUAGUGGUUAUCUGGGUAAUCGUGUCUCCCAAUAACGACAAGCAGAAAUACACCUUAAAAAUCAACCAUGACUAUGUGCCAGAGCAAGUAAUCGCCGAAGCAAUCAGGAAAAAAACACGGAGUAUGUUGCUGUCUUCGGAGCAGCUAAAGCUAUGCGUUUUGGAGUAUCAGGGAAAGUAUAUUUUAAAAGUGUGUGGUUGUGAUGAAUACUUGCUAGAAAAACACCCCCUGAGUCAGUAUAAGUACAUCCGAAGUUGUAUCAUGCUUGGUCGAAUGCCCAACCUCAUGCUGAUGGCGAAGGAAAGCCUUUACACCCAGCUGCCAUUGGAUAACUUUACGAUGCCAUCUUAUUCCAGGCGUAUCUCUACGGCUACGCCGUACAUGAACGGUGAAGCUUCAGCCAAAUCUCUCUGGGUCAUUAACAGUAAUCUCAGAAUAAGAAUUCUCUGUGCUACCUACGUCAAUGUAAAUAUUCGAGAUAUUGACAAGAUCUAUGUCCGAACUGGUAUCUACCAUGGAGGAGAACCAUUGUGUGAUAAUGUGAACACUCAGAGAGUACCUUGCUCCAAUCCCAGGUGGAAUGAAUGGCUACAGUAUGAGAUGCAUAUUCUUGAUCUUCCACGUGCUGCUCGGCUUUGCCUUUCUAUCUGCUCAGUUAAAGGUAGAAAGGGUGCAAAGGAGGAGCACUGCCCAUUGGCGUGGGGGAAUAUUAACAUGUUUGAUUACACAGACACGCUUGUUUCUGGCAAAAUGGCUCUGAAUUUGUGGCCUGUACCUCAUGGUCUGGAAGACCUCCUAAAUCCCAUUGGAGUUACUGGAUCAAAUCCAAAUAAGGAAACUCCAUGCUUAGAGCUAGAAUUUGAUUGGUUUAGCAGCCCUGUAAAGUUUCCUGACAUGUCAGUGAUUGAAGAACAUGCUAAUUGGACUAUCUCUCGUGAGCUAGGGUAUAACUACAGCCCUGCCGGGCAGAGCAGUAGAAUCGCGAGAGACAACGAACUGAGCGAAAGUGACAAAGAGCAGCUCCGUGCAAUUUGCACUCGCGACCCCCUGUCUGAAAUAACUGAGCAAGAGAAGGACUUCCUUUGGAGGCACAGGCAAUAUUGUGUAAAUAUGCCAGAAAUUCUACCCAAGCUGCUUUUGUCUGUAAAGUGGAACUCUAGAGAUGAAGUAACCCAGAUGUAUUGCUUGAUCAAAGACUGGCCUCCCAUCAGACCUGAGCAGGCGAUGGAGCUUUUGGACUGCAACUAUCCCGAUCGGAUGGUGCGCGCUUUCGCAGUGCGGUGUUUGGAAAAAUUCCUGACAGACGACAAGCUGUCUCAGUAUUUGAUUCAGCUGGUGCAGGUUCUGAAAUAUGAGCAGUACUUGGAUAAUCUUUUGGUAAGAUUUUUACUGAAGAAGGCACUGACUAAUCAGAGAAUAGGGCAUUUCUUCUUUUGGCAUCUAAAGUCUGAAAUGCACAAUAAAAAUGUGAGCCAGAGGUUUGGUCUGCUUUUGGAAUCCUAUUGCCGAGCAUGUGGGAUGUACCUAAAACAUCUGAGCAGGCAGGUAGAAGCUAUGGAAAAACUGAUUAACCUCACAGACAUCCUCAAACAAGAGAAAAAGGAUGAAACGCAAAAGGUACAAAUGAAGUUUCUUGUGGAGCAAAUGAGGCGGCCAGACUUCAUGGAUGCCUUGCAAGGUUUUAUAUCGCCUCUCAAUCCUGCUCAUCAGCUUGGAACCCUUAGGCUUGAGGAGUGCAGAAUUAUGUCAUCUGCGAAAAGGCCGUUGUGGCUCAAUUGGGAAAACCCAGAUAUUAUGUCUGAGCUGCUGUUUCAGAACAAUGAGAUCAUCUUCAAAAAUGGGGAUGAUCUACGUCAAGAUAUGCUCACGCUUCAAAUAAUUCGAAUUAUGGAAAACAUCUGGCAAAAUCAAGGCCUCGAUCUUAGGAUGCUUCCUUAUGGUUGUCUGUCUAUUGGAGACUGUGUGGGGCUCAUUGAAGUUGUGAGAAAUUCGCACACGAUCAUGCAGAUUCAGUGCAAAGGUGGCCUUAAAGGUGCGCUCCAGUUCAACAGUCACGCGUUACAUCAGUGGCUCAAAGACAAGAACAAAGGGGAAAUGUAUGAUGCAGCUAUUGAUUUGUUUACACGCUCUUGUGCUGGCUAUUGCGUGGCGACUUUCAUACUGGGAAUUGGCGAUCGUCACAAUAGCAACAUCAUGGUGAAAGAUGACGGGCAGCUGUUUCACAUUGAUUUUGGACAUUUCUUGGAUCACAAGAAGAAGAAGUUUGGAUACAAACGUGAGCGGGUACCCUUUGUCUUAACACAAGAUUUUUUGAUAGUGAUUAGUAAAGGAGCCCAAGAAUGUACCAAAACCAGGGAAUUUGAAAGGUUUCAAGAAAUGUGUUACAAGGCUUACUUAGCAAUCCGGCAGCACGCCAACCUCUUCAUAAACCUCUUCUCCAUGAUGCUCGGUUCGGGAAUGCCAGAGCUCCAGUCUUUCGAUGACAUUGCGUAUAUUCGGAAGACGCUGGCCUUGGACAAAACGGAGCAGGAAGCACUUGAGUAUUUCAUGAAGCAGAUGAACGAUGCUCAUCAUGGCGGCUGGACGACAAAAAUGGACUGGAUAUUCCAUACAAUCAAGCAGCACGCUUUGAACUGAAACCAUGGUGGUGAAGAUGGCCAACCGCCGGCCCGUUUUGUGGGCUCUCCACUGCACUGUUGACGCUUGGCAGUAAGGACUUCUUUGCGUCAUAAUUGCACAAACCACAAGCAGCAUUUAAACUUGCAGCAAGAUUAAAACACUCAAAAACUUAUUUAAAUAUGUAAAGCAGGGUUUUGGAACACUACAGAUCGUGCAUUUCAAAAAAGAGAACUUUUCCUACGUGUACAGUCAUGCUAUGCCUUAAGUCCAGAAAGGUAAACUUCGGAGAUUUGUUUAUCUUGGUUUUU